AUGGGCUGUAGCCUGGAAUAUCGUUCAUCGAACCCGGAGAAUCGAAGAGGGACGAAGCGACUAGUCGGAUUGGCUUCAAAUUGGACGGACGCUCGACAACGCAACCUUUUGCGGGCUGGCCGGCUGCCUGAGGGGUACAGUACGUGCACCCGACACCGACUCAACUUCCGGCCUGUAGCAUGGCUCCAGAUCAGUCCCGUGAAGGCUAUAAGAAAUAUCUCUCGCCAUUACAGAUUAGAGGAGAUGACGCCGAAAAGCCUGCCGACGCGGCGAGACGUAAUUGUUGAAAAGGGGCGCAGCUUUCAAUUAGAGCCUGUCUAA